CACUCAAAUUCAGCCAAACAAAUAUGUAUUCUGUAUAGUCUUGAGAAGUCGAGAGGCUGGCUCUCGGAAGUGACUUUCUGUGGAGUGCAUUUUCUCCAGUCAGCGAUUGUGUCUCGCGCCGUGGAGUUGUGUGGCCAACGCGACGUCUCCUCUCAUAUCGUCCAGUGUGUGACUCUCCUGUUCUUCCCCUCCACGAACUUAUGUAUAUCAGUGAUAACAAUUGUCUCUAACAAUUCAAUAAUCACAGCCUCAAGUUGAUUGCCAUAUAUUAAAGCUGGAGAGAGCGAGGUGGGGAGAGAACAUCUUGUAGUGGCGACUUGAGUCAGUCUGUUGAGGAGUACCGAAGUGAGAAGAUCAGAGAUUUUCACGGUUUCGAGCAGACAUUGUGGCCACCAGCAGAAGAUCAAGUGUGAUGUGAUCUUGUCUGUGAUCUCGUGAUCCAGAUCCAAAGCGCCUAUAGUCUGUUGAUGAAGUGUCACAGUGUGAGGAUAAUGGAAAAUUCUGGACACAAAGAGUCAGUGAUCAAGCCUAAGCGACGACGAUCUUCGCGGGCAGCGAGCAUUGCUGUGGAGAAUGAGCACAUUCCCCUAUCCAUGUCGCCACGGGUGCAUCUCUUUUCCCUUCUCGGUGGACAGCUUCAAGACCAUGGCGCCGCAGAUGAUGGUGCGCUGGCGCAACGAUCCACAGGCCAUGCUGGAAGAGCAGUAUCCGUCGGAGGGAUUUGAGUACAUGGAAGUGGGCCCAUCGCCGCCGGCAGAGAGUGCGCCCAGCAUGUAUGACAGCUUCGAGGAGCCCAGCACGGAGUUGAGCGUGCAGAUAUGCAGUGACACGCUGAGGAUAAGUCUGCUGGAGCAGAUGAAGGUUACGAGUGGGCGACUGAAGUUGCUGGAGGACAUUGAACAGAAGAGGAUUCUCAAUACGGACGUGGUGGAUAUCUUCGCGACGGCCACGAAGGUGGAGAGAAACCUGAGCUUCCUCUGGGCGGCCUAUCUGAAGCGUUGGGAUCUGCUGGAGGAGUUCAUCGACACUGGGGCUGAUGUGAAUUUCAGUGAUAUCAAUGGAAUAUCAGCACUCCACUUGGCGGCUUUCAGUGGCUGUGUGAAGUGUACAAAGUUCCUCGUGAAUCGCGGUGUUGAUGUGAAUUUACAGACAAAGUGCUACACGCCGCUUCACUGUGCCGCCUUUGGGAAUAGCGUGGAAGCGGCCAGUGUCCUGCUUCAGCACGGCGCGUCGGUGGACGUGAACACGAGGAGGCAACAUCUCACGCAUAGCUAUGAGGAAUCCUUGCUGCAUUGCGCCGUGCGGGCGAAUGCCGUGGAUUGUGUGAAGCUCUUCAUCUCGCAUGGCGCGGAUGUGAAUAGUGUCAGGUCAAAUGGGAUGAAUCCCAUUCAUUUGGCGGCAGAUCUUGGUCAUGUGCAGUGUUUGGAAGCGCUACUUGGGGCGAAGAAUGUGGAUCCCAACAUAAGGAUUUGCAUUCGCGAGAAAGAAUCCACGGCGCUUCAUUUGGCGGCAGAUGAGGGUAAUGUGGAGUGUGUGACUCUUCUCCUGACCAAAGGAGCGGAUGCCAAAUUGAAGAAUCAUCGGGGAUUUACUCCUCUGCACUUGGCCGCUCGUGCCGCGAGUCUGGAAUGUUGCGAUGUGCUGUUAAGACUUGGCGGAGCGGAUCCCAAUGCUGAGGAUUUCGAUGAGAGAACACCUCUUCAUGCUGGGAUAGGCAAGUCAGAGACAGCCUUUGACAUUCUGGAGACUCUGAUAGCUUGGGGAGCGAAUGUGAACCAUCAGGAUGUGUAUGGAUUCACAGCCCUUCAUUUGGCAGCUCUUGAUGGGUUGGCGCAGUGUGUUGAGAUGUUGAUUUUUCACGGUGCCGAUGUGUCUACAAAGUCCAAAAAGGGCACUUCAGCCCUCAAUGUGAUCACACGAAAGACCCCAGCUUCUCUGGCGAUGGUCACGCACAAAUUGGACGCAGCAAUUACUCUCCAUCAUAGCCAGGAUACAGCCAAUCGUGAGGUUGAACUGGAGCUGGACUUCCGUCAACUUCUCCACCUUUCCUAUCCCAGAGAGAUUAGCUACCUGAACACAUUCGUGGACGAGGGCCAGAAGGAGUUCCUGCAGCAUCCUCUGUGCAGUGCCUUCCUGUACAUCAAGUGGGGAAAGAUCCGCAAGUACUACAUCGGGCGCCUGGUCUUCUGCUUCAUGUUUGUCCUCUUUCUCACACUUUACGUGCUCACGGCGCUGGCUCACAAUUGCUACAACGGAAGUAAAGACAUGGAGGAGACAAUCCAAGAGCAAGAGCUUUGCCAGAAGCAGUCAAUACUCGGCGAUAUGCUGCGCAAUAAUCCUUUUGUAAUGGAAAUGCAGUGGUGGGUGCUCGUGGCGAUCACUAUCUUUGAGAUAUUUCGCAAACUCUUCGGUAUCACCGGAUAUUCCUCCUUCCGUCAUUACGUCACCCAAGCGGAAAAUAUAAUUGAGUGGUUCGUGAUUACCAGUGUCUUUGUCAUUUCCUACAUUUACACGAACCGCACAUACACCUGGCAGAAUCACAUUGGAGCCUUCGCGGUGCUCCUGGGAUGGACAAAUCUCAUGCUGAUGAUUGGCCAGCUGCCCGUAUUUGGGGCUUAUGUGGCGAUGUACACAAAGGUACAGGGAGAGUUUGCUAAACUAUUUAUGGCGUACUCUUGCAUGCUGGUGGGAUUUACCAUCAGUUUCUGCGUGAUCUUCCCAUCAUCGUCAUCAUUUGCCAAUCCCUUUAUGGGAUUCAUCACAGUUCUGGUGAUGAUGACUGGUGAACAGGACCUGGAACUCCUAAUAAAUGAUCCAGAUGGGAAAGAUCCGCCGUUUUUGCUGGAGAUCAGUGCUCAGAUUACUUUUGUGCUGUUUCUGCUGUUCGUCACAGUGAUCUUGAUGAAUUUGCUGGUGGGAAUUGCCGUACACGACAUCCAGGGACUGAAGAAGACCGCCGGAUUGUCGAAGCUUGUGCGUCAAACGAAACUAAUCUCCUACAUAGAAUCUGCCCUGUUCAAUGGAUAUUUGCCAACAUGGCUGAGGAAUCUUCUGCACUACACAGCUCUUGUCUCGCCACAGGCUUAUCGCGUUGUGAUGUGCGUAAAGCCACUGAAUCCGGGUGAGAAGCGCCUGCCCAGAGAUAUUCUCAAUGCAGCCUACGAAGUGGGUCGCCAGAGGAAGCACUUUGGCCACACGAUCGCCCCCAGAAGCACCUCAGCCACGUAUUUCUCGUACAAGAACAAGUUCGAUAACAAUAACAGUGCCAUCGUGGAGAGAUCAACGGAUUCUGACUAUGGCUUCGAGACGGAGAGCAUUUGCACGCUGACCACGAAGAUUGAGGAGAAUGCUGAGAAGAUCGAGGCUCUGACCAAAGAGAUUAAGGAAUUGAAAACGAUAAUUCAGCACAGCCAUUCGUCAAUUGAUCAACUUCUGCAAAUCAUUCACAAUUAUCAGAAGAAUAAUAGAAAGUGCGUGUAAUUUACAAGCGAUAUAUUUGGUAUUCUAUUUGUAUUGUUAUUGUGAUAUUAAUUUAAUAUGUUACCAAAACGUGUUAUAUUUGCCACAUGAAGUAGACAAAGUGUAGAUCUAUUAAAUGGCCUGGAAAAAGCGCGUGUUUUUGGUGGAAAAUGUGGAUCAUCUGGGAUGAUUCAUAGGCACUUGUCUCAUCGUCUCUAACUGUCUCAAGGCUUAAUAGGGCUGUUUUUUGCUCUCCCGCGGGAUGGAUUUUCUGUGUCAGCGGUGGAAUUUGACGGAGUCUCUCAUGUGGAGCGUGGCGUUGAGACAAUGGCGCACAAUUGACUCCACCGUUUGCCGCGGAAAUGAUUGUUGAAUGAGUAAUUUCGCACCACAAUGAACUCCUCAAUGGGGCAGUGAACAGUUGCGAUCGAUGAAGAUGCAGCAGAUUUAAUUGUUUUGACAGUGAAUACGAGGUAUUAAUUAGUAUUUUGUCAAUGCUUUCUCAAGCUGACAAAAUAUACUUAAAAUGUGAUGUGAAAGUAUAAGAGAAAUGCUGCAAUUCCGAAGGGCCAUUUUUCGUUGGUCAUGUGCAAUGUUGUGUGAGCAGAAAAGGCGAAAAACUUUCUUCUCUUCAGAGCCACAUUUUGCGCGCUCCACAAAAUGCCAAUUCGUGGGACACGCCGCUGGAUACUCAGUGUGUUGGUGAGGAGAGAAUUCAGUGUGACGAUCAUUGAGUUGGGAGUUUUUAGAAGUUUUCAACAUUCAAGGUAACGAGUUCAAUUACAAAAUGUUAUUCAAUUCAAUUGAGUCUUUUGUACUCCGGGAUGCCAGUUGUGAGUCCCACUCCAUUAUCAGAAGCGACGCUAUAGAGUGUCUCCUGAUUAGUUUAUUGUUG